AAAUUUUUUUAAAAAAAAGAAAAAAAGGGGAAGGAGAAGAGGUGCAACCCAAAACCUAAAAUCCCUUGCUCAGAUUACCUACGCCUCCUUUUCUGCUAUAAACCUUUUCUUCUUCUCUCUUGACUGUCUUACACACAGUCACACACUGAUUUCUUCAUCAAAGUCCUUAACCCUCCCUAUAUUCUAGGGUUUAUGGGUUUAAAACACGAUCCAGCCGAGCCGAUGCCGGUUGUCUACCGUUGCAGCUCAGUUGAUUACCGACCGUCCCCUGUGGUGGCCCUAGCCACCAGCCCCGAUGACUCCCAGGUCGCCGCCGCCCGUGAGGACGGAACUCUGGAGAUUUGGCUUGUCUCACCGGGUUCCGUUGGCUGGCACUGUCAGCUAGUACGUUCAAAUUCCUUCAUUUUCAUAUGUUGUCAAUUUGAACAUCUAGUUUUAUUGGUGACAGAAAAAUUUUCUAACUCUUUUGAGGGUUUUUGGUGGGGUUCUGUGUUUUUUUUCCAUCUUGGCCGCAGACUAUUCACGGAAACCCCGUGUCAAGGGUGUCAUCGUUGGUUUGGUGUGGGCUAGAGCCGGGAAAUUCAAGCGGCGGUCGUUUGUUUUCUUCAAGUAUUGAUGGGUCUAUCUCGGAGUGGGAUCUUUUCGAUUUAAGACAAAAGACUGUAGUAGACUCCAUUGGUGUCUCAAUCUGGCAGAUGGCAGCUGAGCCUUGUACUGGUGGUGAUAAGCUUAAUCAGAGAAUGGAUUCAGGCCCUUAUGAAAAUGGGCACAGCAACUACAUGAACGGUGGUAGUGGUGACGAUGGAAGCAGUAUGAGCGAAGAGGACAAUGAAGAAGACGAUGAUGAUAAUGAUUCAGUUGAACUUCAUGAGCAUCUAGACGCAGGCAGUUCUCGUCUUGCAGUUGCUUGUGAUGAUGGUUGUGUGCGGCUCUACAAUAUAACGACCAUGGGGGAACUAACUUAUAGUAGAUCAUUGCCGAGGGUCAGUGGGCGCACUUUAAGUGUAACAUGGAGCCCUGAUGCCAGUAAAAUAUACUCGGGAAGUAGUGACGGGUUCAUUAGAUGUUGGGAUGGUAAAUCAAUGCAUGAAAUCUAUAGGAUAACAGUUGGUCUUGGAGGAUUGGGUAGUGGACCUGAACUUUGUAUAUGGUCAUUGCUUGCCCUCAGAUGUGGGACUCUGGUAAGUGCAGAUAGUACAGGAAGCCUUCACUUCUGGGAUAGCAGGCAUGGAACUCUUCUGCAAACUCAUACCUAUCACAAAGGUGAUGUGAACGCUUUAGCUGCAGCCCCUAGUCAUAACAGAGUGUUCUCCGCUGGAUCAGAUGGUCAGGUUAUACUUUACAAGCUCUCAACUGAAGUAGUUGAGUCUGGUGAACUGAUGAAGAAAUGGGUCUAUGUGGGAUACGUAAGAGCCCAUACACAUGAUGUGAAGGCAUUGGCAGUUGCAGUUCCCAUAAGUCGAGAAGAUGCAUGUCCUGAGGAAAUAUUGAAGAGGCCUCGUGGUAGGAAUAAGCCACAGGAAUUUAGUUACCAUAAAUGGGCACAUUUGGGAGUUCCAAUGCUUAUCUCGGCUGGCGAUGACACUAAGCUUUUUGCAUAUUCUGCUAAGGAGUUUACCAAGUUCUCUCCUCAUGAUAUUUCUCCUGCACCACAGAGAUUGCCUAUACAGCUUGUACACAAUAUCAAGUUCAAUCAAACUCCGUUACUUUUGGUUCAGGGUUCUCAGUCAUUAGAUAUACUUUCUGUUCGUUUGAAAAAUGGUACAGUUUCUGAGCAUGGAUAUGGAACCUGUGGUGGAUCUGCAGCUACUGAUUUAAUAGCCCGAGUUAAGUGUACGGCUUCUCGAAAGAUCAUAUGUAGUGCAAUUGCAUCUUCAGGAGCAUUCUUUGCUUAUUCAGACCAUUCAAAACCUAGUUUGUUUGAAUUAAAGAGAAAUGAAUCUGGAAAGCAAGCAUGGACUGUCAACAAAAAGAAGCUUCCAGCAGAUUUUCCUUACGCUCAUUCUUUGCUUUUCAGUUCUGAUUCGUCCCGAUUGCUGAUUGCUGGCCAUGAUAGGAUGAUAUAUGUUGUGGAUGUUCUGAGUUUAGAGCUUAAACAUAUCUUUAUACCUCAUCGUAAAGAAAACGAGGAAGGAUUGCCUCCCAGUGAACCUCCCAUCACUAAAAUGUUUGCAAGUUCUGAUGGGCAGUGGUUAGCAGCUGUUAAUUGCUUUGGAGAUGUGUAUAUAUUCAAUUUGGAGCUUCAAAGGCAACACUGGUUUAUUGCAAGAUUGGAUGGUGCCUCUGUUACAGCUGGUGGUUUUACACCACGGAACAACAAUGUGCUCAUACUUUCAACUUCGUCAAACCAAGUUUAUGCGUUUGAUGUUGAAGCCAAGCAGUUGGGUGAAUGGUCUAGGAAACAUACCUUCUCUCUACCUAGGAGGUACCAAGAAUUUCCUGGGGAAGUCUUUGGAUUAUCUUUUACGCCCACUGCUAGUGCAUCAUCAGUGGUAGUUUACAGUCCCAGGGCAAUGUGCUUGAUUGACUUUGUUAUGCCGGUGGAGAAGGAUGAUUUGCCAAAUUUGCAGGAGGUAUUGAAGAUGUUUCCAAAUGGUACAUUACGAAAGAGAAAGUUAGAAACUAAUAAAAAGAAUUUUGAUUUUUGUAGUUUUAAAGAUCCUGUUUUAUUUGUUGGACAUAUCUCAAAAAAUUCUGUCUUGGUCAUAGACAAGCCAUGGAUCCAGGUUGUGAAAACAUUUGAUGCUCAACCCGUCCAUAGACAUAUUUAUGGAACAUAACUGCGAUAUAGGCCUAGUAUUUUCUUUUCUUAUGUGGUUCCUGGACCCAGAGGAAGAUUACAGCUUAGCUGAGGUUUUGCUGCAUGUUUUGUAGUGUAUCCCCAAAAUCAGUUUUGUAUCAAGAGCAAUUCUUUUUUACAUUAUUCAAGUUCCCUUGUUGCUGUUACUUGCUUUACUUUCAGUCAGGUAGUGUGUGAAUCAGAUUGAUACAUAUUGGUUGAAGACUAUCGAAUGUUAUAGAUGAAUUUGUGCAAAAAUGAGAAAGAUUCUCGAAGCCCGGACAGUAAGAGAAAUACUGAAUGGAAUGAAAUUUUGGCAAUGACAAAGAUUCAAGUACAUCAUGGUGACCGGUUUUUCACAGUUUGUUCACCAUAAGAAAGAUUGGCCAUUUUUCUUGUAAAGAAAGAGGCCAUUUUUAGUGGAUACAUUUAUUUAUUUGUGGAAACACCCUUGACAUUUUACAAGUUACAACUAUCACCUCAAUCAACAA